AUGAGUGACUGCGUCCGUACAAUGUUGUUGUGUUUGAUUUUUAUGGGAGCCCUCGGAGCAGAGGAAGAUUGUGAGAUGUUGGGGAGCCCAGAGUUUCCUCUUUUAUCGAAGGCAGGAGAUCUCACUAUCGGCGGGGCUUUCUCCAUCCACAGUCAGAUCUCAAAUCCUCCACUCUCCUUGAGAGACGCUCCACAGCCUCUCAAAUGUUCGAGGAUAAACUUCAGAGAAUUUCAAUAUGCCCAAACUAUGAGUUUUGCCAUUGAGGAGAUCAACAACAGCAGCUCUCUACUGCCUAAUAUCUCAGUGGGUUAUAAGGUAUUCGACAACUGCGGUUCAACGCUGCCCUCAACUCGUGCAGUGAUGGGUCUGAUGAAUGGGGAGGAGAGGACUUUGGGAAAAAGCUGCUCCAGCCAGUCAUCUGUUCAGGCCAUCAUCGGAGCCUCUGAGUCCUCCUUGACUAUCGUGAUGCUACAAAUUGCUGGGAUUUUCCAAAUACCAGUGAUCAGCCACUUUGCCACAUGUGCUUGUCUGAGUAACAGAAAGGAGUUCCCGUCCUUUUUCCGCACCAUCCCCAGUGACUACUUCCAGAGCAGAGCCCUGGCCCAACUGGUGAAGCACCUUGGCUGGACGUGGGUUGGGGCCAUUAGAAGUGACAACGACUAUGGUAACAAUGGCAUGGCGACGUUUAUCGCAGCUGCAAGUCAGGAAGGGGUUUGUGUUGAGUACUCUGAGGUCAUAUCGAGAACGGACCCCAGUGAGCAGGUUGCCAGGGUGGCCAGAAUCAUCCGUGGCGGCAGUGCAAGAGUGUUGGUUGCUUUUAUCGCCCAAAUUGAGAUGGGGAUCUUACUUGAGGAAGCUGUGAAGCAGAACAUGACCGGGCUGCAGUGGGUGGGCAGUGAAUCCUGGAUCACAGCAGGUCAUUUGGCCAAUGAGAGGUACUCUGCCAUCCUGACAGGGUCUCUGGGCUUCACCAUUAAAACUGCAAAGAUCACAGGCCUGAGAGAGUUUCUUCUGAAAGUUCACCCACGUCAGGACCCUCGGAAUAAUCUUCUGAGAGAAUUCUGGGAAGCAACCUUCGGCUGCAGUGUCCAAUCCAGUCUGCAGGGUCAGACCCAGUGCUCUGGCUCUGAGACAUUAGAGGAUGUAGACAAUCCUUUCACAGAUGUGUCAGAGCUGAGGAUAUCUAACAACAUCUAUAAGGCCGUGUACGCUGUGGCUCAUGCUUUGCAUAACAUGUUAAAUUGUGGACUCGGUGGUGAAGCGGUGAACCAGACGAGCACAUGGAAAGAUAAUUUAGACCCAAAACAGGUUGUCAAACAUCUUCAACAUGUGAACUUCACUCUUCAGUCUGGAGAAAGAGUGUAUUUUGAUGGGAAUGGAGACCCUUCUGCAACAUACGAGCUGGUGAACUGGCAGAGAAACCAGGCGGGAGAUACUGUGUUUGUGGCUGUGGGGAGCUACGAUGCAUCACUACCAAAUGGAGAACAGUUCACCAUGAAUGGAUUGAACAUUACGUGGGCAGCUGAAUCCCUCAAGAGGCCUCGGUCUGUUUGCAGUGAGAGUUGUCUGCCAGGUUUCCGACAGGCUGUGAUUAAAGGUAAACCCAUCUGCUGUUUCUCCUGCAUCGCCUGUGCUGCUGGAGAAAUCAGCAACUCCAACAAUUCUGCGGAGUGUUCACGGUGUCCGCUGGAGUUCUGGUCUAAUGAGGACCGCAGCCAGUGUGUUCCAAAGGUGAUCGAGUUCCUGUCUUAUGGAGAAACCAUGGGGGUCCUCCUCACCGCCUUGUCAUUAUUCGGAGCAAGUUUAACUCUAGUGGUGUCGGGUGUUUUCUUUCGGUUUCGUCACACACCUCUUGUCAAGGCCAGUAAUGCUGAGCUGAGCUUCCUACUGCUCUUCUCCCUGACUCUGUGCUUCCUGUGCUCUCUGACCUUCCUCGGCCGGCCCUCUGAAUGGUCCUGCAUGCUGCGACACACAGCUUUCGGCAUCACCUUCGCCCUGUGCAUGUCAUGUAUCUUGGCUAAAACCAUAGCAGUGGUGGUGGCCUUUAAGGCCACAAGGCCUGCUAACACUGUUCUCCAGUGUUCGGCCCCGCUUCAGAGAACCAGCGUUCUCAGCUGUACGUCACUGCAGGUCCUGAUUUGUGUACUGUGGUUAACGCUUGCCCCGCCAUUCCCCUACAAAAAUACCGCCCACGUCACUGAAAGGAUCAUUCUGGAGUGUGACCUGGGUUCACCGAUAGGCUUCUGGGCUGUGCUGGGCUACAUAGGACUCCUGGCUGUGCUGUGCCUCAUCCUUGCUUUUCUGGCUCGAAAGCUGCCCGAUAAUUUCAAUGAGGCUAAGUUCAUCACUUUCAGCAUGUUGAUAUUCUGUGCAGUCUGGGUCACUUUCAUCCCAGCUUACGUCAGCUCUCCUGGGAAGUUCACUGUGGCUGUGGAGAUCUUUGCUAUUCUGGCCUCCAGCUUUGGUUUGCUUUUCUGUAUAUAUGCUCCAAAAUGUUACAUUUUAAUACUGAAACCAGAGAGGAACACUAAAAAACAUAUGAUGGGAAAAACAUGA